GCGCCCGGCAAAGCGUUCCGGGCGGAAACGAGGGCGGCGCGGCGUUCCGGGCGGGCGCGGCGCACCGCGCGCUCCCCUCCCCCCCCCCCGCCCCCAGCGGGAGCGCGGCCUCGGCGCGGAGCGGCCCCGGCGCGGGAUGGAGCCGCCCCGAGGAAGAUGUCCGAGAAGCGGAUGCAGAGGUUUCAAAAGAGGAUAACUUCCUUCUACCGAAAAUCCGGAGGUGUCGUUGGAGAGAUGCGAUCCGGAGCUGUGUGUAUUUUGUAGCACCCGACUUGCUGCUUGACACUGAAUGCUCUAAACAGCUUAAGAAGAUUUCACCAAAGCCCGGGCGUAGAUGAUAACGUGUGAUUGUACGCGCAGCAGCCAGGCCUGUAUUCAAAUAUAAACCUUUUCACAGGUUUCAGGAUUGAGGCCGAGGUGCUGAUCCGGGAGCGCUCCAGGAGCACAUGACCUUGGAUAUGGACAUCGUCCUGUCGGAUUUUGUUCGCUCAACGGGGGCAGAGCCGGGACUGGCCCGAGACCUGCUCGAAGGUAAAAACUGGGACCUGAGCGCAGCCCUGAGUGACUUUGAACAGCUAAGGCAAGUGCACGCCGGGAACCUGCCGCACGCCUUCAACGAGGGGCGCAGCUGCAAAGCCCCCGAGAAGGAGGCCGUGCGGCCCGCGCGGCCGCCGCUCCAGCGGCAGGAUGACAUCGUGCAAGAAAAGCGCCUGUCCCGAGGCAUUUCCCACGCCAGCUCCACCAUCGUCUCGCUGGCCCGCUCCCACGUCUCCAGCAAUGGCAGCAGCGAGCACCUGCUGGAGAUGCCCAUUUGCACUUUCCAGCUGCCCGAUCUCACCGUGUACACCGAGGAGUUCCGCAGCUUCAUCGAGCGCGACCUCAUCGAGCAGUCGAUGCUGGUGGCGUUGGAGCAGGCUGGUCGCCUGAACUGGUGGGCCGCCGUGGACCCCAGCUGCCAGCGGCUCCUUCCCCUGGCCACCACGGGCGACGGGAACUGCCUGCUCCACGCCGCCUCCCUGGGUAUGUGGGGUUUCCACGACAGAGAUCUCAUGCUUCGCAAAUCCCUUUAUACCCUGAUGGAUAAAGGCGUGGAAAGGGAAGCCCUGAAGCGGAGGUGGCGCUGGCAGCAAACGCAGCAGAACAAGGAGUCUGGCCUGGUUUACACGGAAGAGGAGUGGCAGAAGGAAUGGAACGAGCUGAUCAAGCUGGCGUCCAGCGAGCCCCGCGUCCACUACGGCACCAACGGAGGCAACUGCGGAGGUGUCGAAAGCUCUGAAGAGCCGGUGUACGAGAGCCUGGAGGAGUUUCAUGUUUUUGUCCUUGCCCACGUGUUGAAGAGACCCAUAGUGGUGGUGGCAGACACUAUGCUGCGAGACUCGGGGGGAGAAGCCUUUGCACCUAUUCCCUUCGGAGGCAUCUAUCUUCCCCUCGAAGUUCCAGCCAACAAAUGCCAUCGAUCUCCGCUGGUUCUGGCCUACGACCAAGCCCAUUUUUCUGCCCUGGUGUCCAUGGAGCAGAAGGAACCCACGAAAGACCAGGCUGUGAUCCCCCUGACGGACUCCGAGCACAAGCUGCUGCCCGUGCACUUUGCCGUGGAUCCUGGGAAGGAAUGGCAGUGGGGAAAGGACGACAGCGACAACGUCAAACUGGCCAGCGUGACGUUGUCCCUGGAGGCAAAGCUGCACUUGCUGCACAGCUACAUGAAUGUUAAAUGGAUCACCUUGCCUUGUGACACGCAGGCGCCUUUGGCCCAGCCGGAAUCGCCUACAGCCUCCGCCGGAGACGAUGCCCGUUCGGCCGCGGAGUCGGGCGAGUCCGACAAGGAGUCGGUCUGCAGUAGCUCGGCAAGCAACGGCGGCAGCCGGGGUUGCAAGGACAAAGAGAAACCAAAGAAAGACCGAGAAAAGGACAAGGAGAAAGACAAAAAACGAGCAGACUCGGUUGCUAAUAAGCUGGGCAGCUUCGGCAAGACUUUAGGGAGUAAGCUAAAAAAGAACAUGGGUGGGUUGAUGCACAGCAAAACUAUCAAGGGAGGCGUGAGCAACGGGCAGGGAGACACCUUGGAGAAGAAGAAGAAAGGAUCCUUGAAGUCGAGGAAAGGCAGCAAAGAAGAGUCUUCCCAAGGAGAUUUGUCGGCUCCCGUGGAGAAAACCUGCCCGGGUAAAGCAGCCCCCGAGAAGCAGGCGGAUCCCUACAAAUACAGCAACGACGUGCGGCUGAGCCUGAGCAUCCUGCGGGCAGCCAUGCAGGGAGAGCGCAAGUUCAUCUUCGCCGGCCACCUCAAGACCAGCAACCGGCACCAGUACCAGGAGGAGAUGAUCCAGAGGUACCUGCUGGAUGCCGAGGAGCGCUUCUUGGCCGAGCAGAAGCAGAAGGAGGCGGAGAAGAAGGCGCUGGGCAACGCCGCCGCCGCCAAGAAGCUGGAGCCGCCGGAGGUGAACGCGCCCAAGGGCGAGGAAGGGGUGCUGACCCCCGCCUACCCCCAGCCUCCCCCUUCCUACACCAUCCAGACCCCGGAUCUGGCGAUAGGCGCUAAAAUGGCCGCUUUUCCCUCCAGCUAUUCGGGCGUCUUCACCUUUCCCAGGCCCUCGGUGGUCAGCGGCGCGGAGGGCUCCCACCCCGCCGGCUACCAAGACGCGCGGCGGCAGGUCGCGGGGGGGUCCUGCGGCAGCCUCCCUCCCUACGCCACCCUGCCCCGCCACUGCCCCCAGGCGCGGCCCAGCCCCUACCACGCCGGCCGCUUCUCCCCCCCGGACCCGGACGGCCACCCCGAUUUCCCGGCGGAGCGCGACGGCCCGGCCUGCCUCCCCCCGCACAGCAACGGCUACCGGGACCCCCCGGAGCAGGACGGCUCGCAGAAAGGCCCGAGCACGGACAAAAGCCGGGGGCGGGCGCUUUACGGCGUUCAGCAGACCAAAUGCAAGCAGCCGAACUGCAGUUUUUACGGGCAUCCGGAAACCGGGAAUUUCUGCUCCUGCUGUUACAAAGAGGAACUGAAGCGCAAGGAGCGGGAGCGGGAAGCGCUGGUGCACCGGUUCUGAGGCCGGCCGCCGCGGCGAGCCGGCGUCCGGACCCGUGGGACAUGGGGAAUGCAAUAAUAGCGAUUUCCUUGGGGUUUUUCUCCUCCCUCUCCGCCCCACGCGCUCCUCUCCCCCUGCGCGGAAGGAGGGAGCGGGCGUUCGGCUGGACGGGGCUGACGGACGCGGCUCCGCUGUCGUGCCGCGGAGGCGACCUGUUCCCGGGAGGGCGGGAAUGGCCACCGCUCCCUCCGGAGAGCCUGGAAGAGGGAGACGGAUGCUUUUCCAGGGGCUGCCGGGGCGGCCGGGCUUGGCGAGGCGCAGGAGAGGGCAGGCUGAGGCUGGAGCACGCGGCGGGAAGGGGGGAAGGUCCUCCAAAACGAUCCGGUAAACCAGACCAAAGCUUUCCGACACGGCGGACGGGGAGCCCCUGCCAGCCCCCUCCAGCGUAACCCGAUUUAAUCCCGCUUUCCCAGACCGAGCGAAAACGCCCCAGCAAUUUCAGCUUCAAAGUCGCAGACCUUUUAAUUGAGAGAUUUUUAACACUGUUCUUAGUAUAUAUACUAUUUUUUUUUUUUUUUGCUGGUACUGAGAGAAACGUAGUUGGAGUUGGACUUUAUUUUCCUCCCCCCCGCGGAGGAGCUCGCCGAGCCCUGCCCCGCCUGACGCCGCUGCCGUCUCCUCGCAGCCGCUCGGGGCUCUGCCCUUCGCGCGGGCUCCAGGUCUGUUUUUAAACCUUCAUUUUUAAACUCUUUUCUUCGGGGGGGGGGGGGCACCUCCGCCCAGCAAUAACCGCCGGCGGGAGAAGCGGCGAGGACGGCGGCUCGCGGACGUACGUGGACACGCGGACACGCGCGCGGUAACUCUUUCUACUUGAUCAAGCUACUUCCGUACUACCUCUGUUCUGCCGAAUAGAAUUAACUUGGCUCCAUUUUGCUGAGCCCCGUAACUGACCUUUAGAGUAAUAUUAAAGCUAUUUUUGAUAAUAGGGCUAAAGAGCGAAGCGCGAGGAGAGCGACCCCGUAACGACGUAACGUGCACACUUCAUGUGCUCCACUACGCUCCCUUCUCCCCUCCCGGCCCCGGCUUGCGGGGGGCAACUUUAGCACUGCAAUGUUUGCACAGAUUUCUUUUCUUUUUCUUUUCUUUUUUUUGGUGUAACUGUAGAUCCCGACCUGGACUCGAGGCUCGUUCCGGUCCCGCGUAGAGCAAGGUUGAGCGUUUUCCCACGCGCAAAUAAAAACCGUGAAUUGUA